AUGACGGAACUAUCACAGAAUGGGGGAAACGUCACCAUCUGGAAUGCAACUGGAGAGUCGCUGCUGUGGAACUCGACGAUGAGCGGCAAGGCUUUCAACCACAGCUCUGUUGCACACUCGCACUACUCCACUCCUGAGAACAUCACCUCCCUGCUGACCAGAGAUGAAGACCUGGCGAAAGUGGAGAUAGGAGUACUGGCCGCUAUCUUAGCUGUGGCUACCACGGGCAACUUGGGGGUGGUUAUAGCCAUGUACAGGAUGAGACAGAAAAUGACAAGGAUGCACCUUUUCAUCCUGCAUCUUGGGCUCACAGACCUGGUGGUGGCCCUCUUCCAGGUGUUGCCCCAGAUGAUAUGGGAGGUGACCUACAGGUUUCACGGCACCGACUUCAUGUGCAGGUCGGUCAAGUAUUUCCAAGUCCUGAGCAUGUUCGCCUCCACUUACAUGCUCAUCAUGAUGACUCUGGAUCGCUACAUUGCAGUGUGCCACCCUCUCAAGACCAUCCAGCAGCCUAGCAAGCAGGCUUACCUGAUGAUCAGCAGCACCUGGGUCAUCAGCUCCAUGCUGAGCAUCCCUCAGGUCUUCAUUUUCUCCCUCAAGGAAGUGGACCAGGGAUCAGGGGUCUAUGACUGCUGGGCGGACUUCAAGUUCAGCUGGGGGGUCCGUGCGUACAUCACCUGGACCACGCUGUCCAUCUUCAUCAUCCCCGUGGCCAUCCUCAUCCUGUGCUAUAGCCUGAUCUGCUAUGAGAUCUGCAAGAACCUCAGGUGCAAGAUCCAGACCCAGAUGUCUUCGGCCAAGGGCGACGGCUGCCAGAACGGGCUGGUGAUGACCUCCAGAGUGAGCAGCGUGAGGACCAUCUCCCGAGCCAAGAUCCGGACAGUCAAGAUGACCUUCGUCAUUGUCCUUGCCUACAUAGCCUGCUGGGCCCCCUUCUUUAGCGUCCAGAUGUGGUCCGUUUGGGAUGACAACUCUCCCAAAGAAGAUUCUUCGGACUUUGCCUUCACCAUCACCAUGCUCCUGGCCAGCCUGAGCAGCUGCUGUAACCCCUGGAUCUACAUGUUCUUCAGCGGACCCCUGCUGCACGACCUCACCAAGUACCCCUGCUGCCGGCGGCUCAGACCCAGCCUGAAAAGACAGGGCUCCGCUGGAAGCCUUAGCAGCCGAAGAAACACAACCAUGACCAAAGCCAGGCACCGUUGCGUGAACAGCAACGGCAGAGCUGACGCGAAGAGGGGGCACCUUCUGCAGAACUUCAAAGAGUUCGAUCCCCCCUACGACGACACAGUCACCGAAUCCAGCGUGCUUUAA